UCUCUUGAUACCAAAUUUUCUUCUUCUUUUACACAGUCCCCUCUGAUACUGUGAAGAUGAAAAUUGACAUCCAUAGUCAUAUUCUACCAAAAGAAUGGCCAGAUCUAGAAAAGAGAUUCGGCUAUGGAGGCUGGGUGCAGCUCCAACACCAUGGCAAGGGAGAAGCAAAGAUGAUGAAAGAUGGGAAGGUCUUCAGAGUGGUCCAAGAGAACUGUUGGGAUCCAGAAGUUCGUAUUAGAGAAAUGGAUCAAAAAGGAGUAUCAGUGCAAGCUCUUUCCACCGUUCCUGUCAUGUUUAGCUACUGGGCCAAACCUCAAGACACUUUGGAUCUAUGCCAACUUUUAAACAACAACAUAGCUGCCACUGUUGCCAGCCACCCCAGGAGGUUCGUGGGUCUGGGGACAUUACCCAUGCAGGCUCCAGAGCUGGCCAUCAAGGAGAUGGAGCGCUGUGUGCAGGAGCUGGGGUUUCCAGGGGUCCAAAUUGGCUCCCACAUCAAUAAGUGGAACCUGAAUGAGCAGGAACUCUUCCCGGUCUAUGCAGCAGCUGAACGGCUGAACUGCUCCCUGUUUGUGCACCCUUGGGACAUGCAGAUGGAUGGGCGGAUGGCUAAAUAUUGGCUUCCUUGGCUUGUAGGAAUGCCAGCAGAGACCACCAUGGCUGUUUGCUCCAUGAUCAUGGGUGGGGUGUUUGAGAAGUUUCCCAAACUGAAAGUGUGCUUUGCACAUGGAGGUGGUGCUUUCCCUUUCACAGUGGGAAGAAUUUCCCACGGAUUCAACAUGCGUCCAGAUCUGUGUGCCCUGGACAAUCCAACUGACCCGAAGAAAUACCUAGGCUCCUUUUACACAGAUUCCUUGGUUCAUGAUCCUCGAUCCCUCAAGCUGUUAGUAGAUGUCAUGGGAAAGGAUAAAGUUAUUUUGGGAACUGACUACCCCUUUCCACUAGGUGAACUAGAACCUGGGAAAUUAAUAGAGUCCAUUGAAGAAUUUGAUGAAGAAACAAAGGAUAAACUCAAAGCUGGUAAUGCCCUGGCAUUUUUGGAUCUUGAGAGAAAACAAUUUGAAUGACUGAAUUCACUACAAAAACAAACUUUCAAGAAGAUAUUUCACAUUUGUUUUUUAAAUAUGUAUCACAUAUGCAUUACUAAAAUCCUAUUUUGAAUUAUUUAACCUAGAAAUAGAAUAUCCCAAAUACUCUAAAUUAUUCAUAACAAAAAUGAUUCACAAAUGCUUUCAUUCUG